AGAGGUAGCUUUAAAUUUCAGACCAGCUUUGGCACUUGCUUAAGGUCACUGAUCUGACCCAGGGCACGAGGCUGGAGCUGAGCUCCUGGCUGAGCAGCGGCGGUGAAGCUGAAGUUCACUGGGGAGGAGCUGGGUGUUGGUGUGUGGAAUCAACGGCAGUGCUCAUUCCCUGCAUGGUGCAAAUAAUUAUCUUUUCUCCAACACUUUUUUGGAUGACCUCUCCCUUUCUGUUUCGAUGGCAUGAUUUCGUUACUAUCAGGUAAAAAAGUGAAGCUGCUCAGUGGCCGUGUUUCCAGAGUAUAAGUCUGAGAAAAAAUGAAUAAGCUGCAUUGCACCCUGAUACAUUCAAUGGAAAUGUGAAUGCCUUGGAAAGUACUCCAGGUUGGAUAAAGUCCAGGGUGUGCUGCAUUGCUGCUCCUUCAUUUCAAUCUUUUACAGGCUUACAAGAAGAAAUAAAUGCUGUGUGCUUCACAUUAAUGUCCAUAGCAAAACAAGCAUAUAAAGAUUGCUCUCGUGUAAAUGCUUUAAAAAUCAAAGCUGCCACUGUGCCCACAUAAGUCUGUAAAAGCAAUCUUUAAUGUCACUGAAAUACACAGAACCAUGUGCUCCAGCAUACAUAGACCUCUGCGGGAGAACUGGGAAAUUAAAACCUGUGCCGUUUAAAUCAAAAGAUGAACACUGAGUUCCUUGUUUAGUUCUUAAAACUUCAUGCGACCUUCUUGGUCAAAAAUGCCUUUCUGAUUUCAUGUAGCCAAGUCAUUUAUUUUGUACACUGACAUCGCUAAGGUUAGUCACGCUUUAUUGUCUCUAAAUUGGUCAUAAUAUCACUGGGGCUACAAAGCACAGUGCAUUAGAUGACGCUGCAAACACAAGCCAUGCCCUCAGGCUGCUGCCCCGUUGGUCUCCAUACUUCACCUCACUCAGUAGGCAGCUGCUCUGGUCAAGGAGGCAAAGUUACACUUUUCCUGAGUUUCUCUGCUCAGGACCAUUUUGGUGUGCUUUUUCUGAUUCUCAGUUUUGUCCCCAAAGCUCUCAUUGUUCAGCAGGAAAUUUACAGGCUGCAAAGUGUUUCUCAAACCUCAGCGGUGACACGUUUUGCCUCUUGUUUUCCCCAGGAUGCACCAGCAGAGCACUGCGCUGCGGGUCCACCAGCAGUGACCCACGGGAUGACAGCCCCACACACACCGGGCUCAUAGGAGAAACGCCAGGGGGAGGAGCGGGAGAGCUGAUUCUGGGCAGGAGGCAGCAUGGGCGCAAACACCUCCAGCAAGUCGCUGCCCUUCGGUGAGAAUGAAGAAGUCACCUUCGACCAUUUUGAGAUACUGCGAGCGAUUGGGAAGGGCAGCUUUGGAAAAGUCUGCGUUGUACAAAAGAGUGACACCAAGAAAAUGUAUGCCAUGAAAUACAUGAACAAGCAGAAGUGUGUGGAGCGUAAUGAAGUGAGGAAUGUCUUUAAGGAGCUGCAGAUCAUGCAGGGCCUGGAGCACCCCUUCCUGGUUAAUCUCUGGUACUCAUUCCAAGAUGAGGAGGACAUGUUCAUGGUGGUAGACCUGCUGCUCGGAGGGGACCUGCGGUACCACCUCCAACAAAACGUGCGAUUCCAGGAAGGCACCGUGAAACUGUUCAUCUGUGAGCUGGUGUUGGCCCUCGACUACCUCCAGAGCAGACACAUCAUCCACAGGGACAUCAAGCCUGACAACAUCUUGCUGGACGAGCACGGACAUGCGCACAUCACCGACUUCAACAUUGCCACAAUGCUGACUAAAGAAACACAAGUCACCACAAUCGCUGGCACAAAGCCGUACAUGGCACCUGAGAUGUUUAACUCUACAAAACCCAUUGGCUAUUCCUUUGCUGUGGACUGGUGGUCGCUUGGAAUCACUGCCUAUGAGCUGCUCAGAGCCCGGAGGCCGUAUCAUAUUCGCUCCAAUACUUCCACAAACGAAAUUGCUCAUGUAUUUAAGACUGCUACAGUGAUGUACCCUGCUGCUUGGUCUGAGGAAAUGGUGAUGCUGAUCAAAAAGUUGCUCGAGACAAAUCCCGAUAAGCGUUUUUCUCAGCUGAAAGAUAUCCAGGACUUCCCCUAUCUGUCAGAUGUAAACUGGAAUGCUGUUCUCCAGAAGAGGAUAACGCCAGAAUUCAUUCCUACGAAAGGAAGACUGAACUGUGACCCAACCUUUGAACUUGAAGAGAUGAUCCUGGAGUCCAAACCUCUUCACAAGAAGAAGAAGCGCUUGGCUAAGAAGGAGAAAGACACCAACAAAAGCAAUUCCUCACAGGCUUGCCAUCUUCAAAAGCAUCUAGAGACACUCCAGAGGGACUUCAUUGUUUUCAACAGAGAAAAGGUGAGACACCAGCACAACGAAAUCCAGCAGCACGCAGCACUAGCCAAGUGCAGAGGCAUGCAUAAGGACAGCCAGAACAACCUCUGAGAACCACAUCCCUGGCAGCAGGAGGUUCUGGGACUGCCCCUGUAGCUUGCCACCAUUCAUUAGAAACAGCCCGUGAUUUUGCCUUCCAUGACAGCAGGAAUGUGAUUGUGGAGAAGGGCGAGCUGCUCAGCACUCUUCCACUGGUUUUGGCCAGUUGGUAUCACAGCCUAGUGAGUACCAGGCACCCACCGCAGGAACACGUCAUCGCCAGCCCUUGUCAUGGUGGGAUCUGCUGCUGUGUGCCCUGGCUCUUUCGGCCAGGAUUCCUGCACGGGUCCCUAGGUGGAGCUGAUUUUUCCAGGUGGAAGACACUGCUCUGACUUGCAGUGCCUUCACUGGCACGCAGCAGGGGCCUCAACUUGCAGAGAUGUGCAAACAUCUUUGGAAGGGCUGGUGCUGGCAGCAAGCCUCUUCCCCAGCUGGGCAAGGGCAGUGAGGUUCCAUCCAUGCCCCCUCUCCUCACUGCUUGCAGAGCCAGCUGGUGCAGAGCCAGGCAGGCAAAUAGCUGGACAAGGAAGUGACACGGUGACAGCCAAGUGCUGGUGAAUGAGCAGCAUUCCAGAGCUUCUCCAGGCCAUCCUGAAAAACCAGUCAUAAACAUGCUAAACUGCUGCAAAUUUCUGAAUCUGAUGGGGUCGUGGCUUCCAACAUCAGAGGUAAAUUUGCACAUGUACUUUUCAUCUCUCUGCUGUCGUCUUCACAUUUGAUUUAAGCAGCAACAGCUGUGCUCCUGGUGCAGGCUUUGCCAAGAGUGAGAUUGACCAAAGCAUCUCUAUUAUGGUAAAUGCUAGGUAUUAUGCUAUUAUUCAAAGCUUUUGCAGACCAGACCUUUCACCUCUUUAUUUGACAUUUUUCCUAAUCUCAACAAUAUAAUAAACAUGUGAUGAACUGUCUGUCUCUCAUUUGCCCAAAGGUGUUCUUGUAUCCCCUGUGCCUUCCUGUCUCUCACCUCUGGCUAAAUCUGAUUAUUUAAAAAAAAUCCAAAUUAAACAG